AUGUCUUCUCGAAGAACUCAUACCAAAUCUCGGACGGGCUGUAUAAACUGUAAGAAGCGUAAAGUCAAGUGUGAUGAGGCUCGACCAUCAUGUUUCCACUGCACAAGACAUGGCGUAACAUGCAGUCUCGCGUCACAACCUUUAACCAGUCUAGGCAUCUCUUCAGUUGACGGCAGCAGUGACAGUCGUUCGUCAUAUUUUCCCAACUUGAGCCCCUCAGAUUCAACCCCAGCUCCAACUCUGAGUUCCUUAGACAGCCAUCAUCUAGUCAACUCCCCUGAUCCCUUUGGCAGCUACAGUCACCCCAGUCCCACACAGCAGAUCGCUCCCUUCCCUCCACAUGAACUCUGGGCCCGCGAUUGUGAGCUUAUGCAUCACUACUGCACAGUAACCGCGGAUACUUUGUGUGUCCGGAAAGAUCUGGCAUACGUCUGGGGCGUCGCUAUUCCAAGAUUAGGUUACCAAGACCCUUUCGUCAUGCAUGGAAUCCUUGCCAUUGCCGCUGCCCACAAGGCCUAUCUGGUGCCAGAUAAUCGCAAGACGUAUCUGCCAUUGGCUGACUAUCAUCAAACUCUUGGCUCCGAGGGCUAUCGUCGUUACCUCCAACACUAUAGCAUGACCAAUUGGAUGCCUGUUUUUGGCUUUGCAUCUCUUGUUGUGCUGCAUAUGUUGACCCUACCCACCCGGAUGAAUAACUGUGCACUGGAAGACCCCAUCACAAAUCUCAUCGAACUUGCUGGGUUGCUAAGGGGUAUCAAGACGACAUUAGAACCAGCAAUGGGGCGGAUAGUCAAAACAGAAUUCGCUCCUGUCGUCUUCGGAAUUUGGGGCCUUGACUCUGACGAUGAGGCAGAACGUUGUCCCUCUCUCGAGAACUCGUCUCUACCCACAGAUACAUGGACCGCAUUGCAAAGGCUUCGGGCCUUCCAAGAAGCUGAUAUCCCUGCUAGCGGCCUGCAACAUUAUACAUCAGCUGUUGAAGGUCUGGAAACCUCUGCGAGACUAUUUGCUGCUGCUGGGUUACAUGCAGAGGUCGCAGCGACACAUUUUUGGCUAUACAUUAUUGAUGACAGUAUACUCAUCGACUUAGCUGCACAAAGGCCACAUGCUCUUCUUCUCUUCGCACAUUACCUUGUGCACUGGGCAGUAUUUGAGAAAGGCUUCUGGUUCACGAGGGGUUGGUCUCGACAGGUGAUGGCCAAGUUAGAAGAAGGCUUAACCGGCAGGCCAAAUUUCUUAGGAAUGAUGCAGUGGCCUAAGCAGAUGGUCGCUGAAGCUGUUGUAUAG